CCGGCGCUCAUUCGGUGUGGAGUUGCUCCGGGACCGGACGGAGGGGGAGUGAGAAUAGUCACCGGUGGACAUCUGCUUGUUGGACCACCGGCGCUUCCUCCAUGGACUCAAAGCUGCGGGCGUGUGGGCGGAGCCACGAUAGCAUGUCGGCGGGCCUUGCAGAAGUCAACCAGGAGACGGCGAGGAAGAAGAGAAGGGCGGUAAAACCAAUUCUUAGCCUGCGUUACGCUCGAAACGAACGCGAGUCGCGUGCCUCGGCGAACAUUCAACGCUGUCGGUGAGUUUGGUAUGACUCACACAGAAACCAUCGACCGUUGACUGUGCCCCGAGGUGCGCCCAGGCGACGUCAUCGCAUGGCGAUCCAGAAAAAGAGGCACAGAAGGCGCUGUGUGGUUCCGGGGACCUGAAAAGGUCACAAUCAACAUUCAUUGCUGUCGCUGGGUUGGACUGUGUAGAAAAGCUCACUGAACAAUGAGUGCAACUGUGGCCUCCAUCUGCCUUGGCGGCCCGACCGGACGUUAUUUCCUUCUUGUUUUUCGCUUCUGUUUUCUGGCUCCCGGGAGCCGUCGUCACGGGGCGGGGGAGGAGGAGGGAAAUGGCGACGCAAAUAGACUCCCGGCUCGUCCUCAUCCACCUCUUGUCUAAUUGGCGGUUGUGUGCGCAGCAAGGGGGAAGGAAGCGGCGUGAAUGUGUAAUCAUUUGGAGCCUCGUCUCCUUCAGAUGUUGCAUCCCUCUCCUUUUUUGUUGGUCUAAUUAUACCGUGCGCUCGGUUAACUCCACGUUAACUGCCAGUCGGCCGCUGCCUGCCAGGAACGGGCCGAAAGAACAAAUAAGCACUAGAAUUAGUCCAGUUUGUAGGAUAGUCUUUAAAAGGCAGUGAUGAAGGGAUUGUUUCGAGAUUUAUACACCAAGGAUGUUCUAUUGCAGGCCAAUUAUUUUGACCCGGGGGCCAAAUUUAGAGAGGCCGGUAUAUCUAUGUAUGUAUACAUAUAAAUGUAUAUAUAUUAGGGUUGUACAGUAUACCGGUAUUAGUAUAGUGCUGCGAUACUAAUGAAACAUAUUCGGUACUAUACCGCCUCUAAAAAGUAACGGUCCUCGCCCCUCCAACGUCAUCACGUCAUGACAUUGCUGGCUUUACGAGCAGAGGAGCAUGUUCGGCAGCGCACACACACGGAGUACUUACAAGCAGACACAGUGUGUAGACAGAAAAGGGAGAAUGGACGUAUUUUGGCUUAAAAACUAAAGAUAAAGGUGAAGUUAUAACACUGAAACACUCUCAGGAAGAGGUGCUUUAAGACAUGGCUAGCUAGCUAGCAGCUAAAGUCCAUGUUUUAGCUACGUCUAAAUCACUAAUCCUCGCCUCUGUCACGUGGGGUUCGCAGCUAGCUGCGGGGUUGUUCUUCCAACGCAAGAUAGACGGCUCCGGACAACAGCGUGAAGGUAGGCUAGGAUUUAUUUAACAUAAAUCACGCACUACCGCGAACAUAAACAAUACAACAACAACAACAACAAAAAAGAGGCAAGCGUGCCUAAAACGCAAGUGAGGCUAAUCUUAAACAAAAACUAGGACAUGGACGUGGGAACUUACUUUGUCAAAACGAGACCUGAACCGGAGUGACAUAACGACAAUGCAGGCAGGACGAGUGAUGAACAAGGUAUGCUUAAAUAACAGUGACAUGAUUGGUGACAGGUGUGUGUGAGUCAAAACGUGAAACAGGUGCGUGACGUGACAGGUGAAAACUAAUGGUUGCUAUGGUGACCAGACAAGGGAGUGAAAAAGACAGAAACUAAACAAAACAUGACUUAAAACAAAACAUGAUAAUACAGACAUGACAGAGCCCCUCCCUUAAGGACAGAUACCAGAUGUCCAAGAAAAAACUUAACAAAAGUCAUGGGAGGGCGGGAGGGGGACAUGGCGGUGGGUCGCCAGCCCAAGUGGCCCCGAAUCCACCGAGGCAAAGUCAAGUGGCGGCGGCAAGUGGAACGCCGCUGCAGCAGGCGAGGCGGGCGCCCAGGGAUUGGCCACAUUCAUGGCCGACUGGGAGGUGGGCGCACUUGGCGUGGCGGGCGACCAGGUAGCGGCCAUAUCCGUGGCCGACGAGGAGGCAGUCGCGUCGUCAUCGUGGCAGGCGUGGCUUGGCGUGGUGAGUCAGGCGGCGAAGCUCGGCGUGGCGCGUCAGGCGGCGAAGCUCGGCGUGGGUCUUGGUAUAGGUCUUGGUCUUGGCGUGGGUCUUGGUCUUGGCAUGGCGGGUCUUGGUCUUGGCAUGGCGGGUCUUGGUCUUGGCAUGGCGGGUCUUGGUCUUGGUCUAGGUCUUGGCAUGGCGGGUCUUGGUCUUGGUCUUGGCAUGGCGGGUCUUGGUCUUGGCAUGGCGGGUCUUGGUCUUGGUCUUGGCAUGGCGGGUCUUGGUCUUGGUCUAGGUCUUGGCAUGGCGGGUCUUGGUCUUGGCAUGGCGGGUCUUGGUCUUGGUCUUGGCAUGGCGGGUCUUGGUCUUGGUCUUGGCAUGGCGGGUCUUGGUCUUGGUCUUGGCAUGGCGGGUCUUGGUCUUGGUCUUGGUAUGGCGGGUCUUGGUCUUGGCGUGGAGGGUCUUGGUCUUGGACUUGUUGAGCUGGUACCGGAGCUUGGCGUCGUGGAGCAGGUACCGGAGCUUGGCGUCGUGGAGCUGGUACCGGAGCUUGGCGUCGUAGAGCUGGUACCGGAGCUUGGCGUCGUGGAGCUGGUACCGGAGCUUGGCGUCGUGGAGCUGGUACCGGAGCUUGGCGUCGUGGAGCUGGUACCGGAGCUUGGCGUCGUGGAGCUACUGGUGCAGGUGGAGGUGGUCUAGCUGGGGGUUGCGGCUUGGCAUGGUAAAAGACUGGUGGUGGCGGCCGUGAGGGAGGCUGUGGCUUGACAUGGUUAAGCUGAGUCACCCCACCAACACAGCUCCCGACCCCAGCCCCCCCCUCAAGGGGCGGAUACCAGACGCGCUCCCUGCGGUCUGGAACUCUCUGUAGGGGUGGGCGGAGGAGGGCAGAAACUUCCCCAUUAAAUUGUCCAAAUUGUCUAUUCCCUACCCCCACUUUAGACUGGGUCUGACAAAAUCUAAAUUUAGAGACAAUUUUCUCAAAAGGAUUUUUCUUUGAAACAAAGUCCAUAGUGGGCGGCUGACAGAGGGUGUAAAUAGACUCAAAAAAAAAAUCUUGGUUUCUGACGUCAUCACCAGUGGGCGGGAUGACGUCAUCAGCACGGGUCUCCUGCGGCGGGAAGGAAGAAUGGGCUGGUUGAGGAAUCUUGUUGUCCGUGGGAGGGUUUUGGGGGAACGACGCGUCAUGCUGGCGAGAAAAAGCCUUUCUGGUUGGCUUCCAGCUUUGCCAGCGCGUCUCCAUCACCUCCUCGUGGCCGGUCUGCGGAAGAACGUCUGCUGCCUGCAUUCUGUCACGUGGGGUUCGCAGCUAGCUGCGGGGUUGUUCUUCCAACGCAAGAUAGACGGCUCCGGACAACAGCGUGAAGGUAGGCUAGGAUUUAUUUAACAUAAAUCACGCACUACCGCGAACAUAAACAAUACAACAACAACAACAACAAAAAAGAGGCAAGCGUGCCUAAAACGCAAGUGAGGCUAAUCUUAAACAAAAACUAGGACAUGGACAUGGGAACUUACUUUGUCAAAACGAGACCUGAACCGGAGUGACAUAACGACAAUGCAGGCAGGACGAGUGAUGAACAAGGUAUGCUUAAAUAACAGUGACAUGAUUGGUGACAGGUGUGUGUGAGUCAAAACGUGAAACAGGUGCGUGACGUGACAGGUGAAAACUAAUGGUUGCUAUGGUGACCGGACAAGGGAGUGAAAAAGACAGAAACUAAACAAAACAUGAUAAUACAGACAUGACAGCCUCCAUGGCGACAAAUAAAAUAAGUUUCUUACAAGUAUCAUUAUCACUGCAGGACGAGGAAUAGCUAAACAUGCUUCACUACACACCGUAGGAGGAUACAAUAGCUAACCGGCGUCACAAUGUAAACAAAUGCCAUGGAUGGAUCUACACCUCACAUCCACUAUAAUGAUACCAAGUACAAUAGCGUAUCUAGUCGAUACUACUAUGAUUACAUAAAUAUUUUUUGGCAUCACAAAAUCUUUUUUCCUUUUUUUUUAAUCCAUAUUAUGUUUAUAAACUCAGAAAAUACGUCCCUGGACACAUGAGGAAUUUGAAUAUGACCAAUGUAUGAUCCUGUAACUACUUGGUAUCGGAUCGAUACCUAAAUUUGUGGUAUCAUCCAAAACUAAUGUAAAGUAUCCAAACAAGAGAAGAAUAAGUGAUUAUUACAUUUUAACAGAAGUGUAGAUAGAACAUGUUGAAACAGAAAGUAAGCAGAUAUUAACAGUAAAUGAACAAGUAGAUUAAUAAUUCAUUUUCUACCACUUGUCCUUAAUAAUGUUGACAAAAUAAUAGAAUGAUAAAUGGCACAAUAUGUUACUGCAUACGUCAGCAGACUAAUUAGGAGCCUUUGUUUGUUUACUUACUACUAAAAGACAAGUUGUCUUGUACGUUCACUAUUUUAUAUAAGGACAAAAUUGCAAAAAUAAACAUAUGUUUAAUGUACCCUAAGAUUUUUUGUUGAAAUAAAGCCAGUAAUGCCAUUUUUUGUGGUCCCUUUUAUUUAGAAAAGUAUCAAAAUACAUUUUGGUACCGAUACCAAAAUAUUGGUAUCGGGACAACACUAGUAUAUAUAUAUAUAUAUAUAUAUAUAUAUAUAUAUAUAUAUA